AGACACACCGAGGUGAAAGGUCGCACACGUGGGCCGUGGGUCCGAGUGGCAGCUUUCUUCUAUAGUGAACAUGCCGACAGUUCGCGACAGGAAUCUAAAGAAGCUUCGCAGGAUGAAGCAGAAAGCCAGGCAGAAGGUCAAAGCUAAGAUGAACGACAGACAACCUGACGAAAUAGCCAGUGAGGAGGUGGAAGAAGUGAAAGGAGUGGAGGAGAAGGUGGUAGAUGUUGGAGGAGGUAGUGGGGAGAGGGAAGAGGGGGAGGGGGAGAGGAUGAAGGGGAGGAAGAGGAAGACGGAGAAGGGAGAAGGAGUUGGGAAGAGAAAGAAGAUCAAGGGAACUGAGAACGAGGAAGAAGAAGAAGAGGAGGAGAAAGAGGUAGAGUGUGAGGAGAAUGAAGGACAGACAAGUGAAGACGAUGAAAAGCAGAAAGGAAUUGGACAAACUGUUAGGAAGAGGUAA